ACCACCGCAACCGCAACCGCAACCGCAAGCGCACGCCGGUGACUGACCGCAGCGGCGGACGGCGACCACCACAGGCAUGAGAGCCUACGCGGCUGCCCCCGCCGUCGCCACGCUGCCGUCGGCCGCGCCGCCGCUGACACCCGACGCCGCGGCCGUGCUCUCCCGCGCAGCGGCGGACGCGUCCAGGCGCCGCCACGCGCACACCACGCCGCUCCACGCGGCGGCCGCGCUGCUCUCCGGCCCGGCGCCGCUGCUCCGCGACGCCUGCGUCGCGGGCCUCGCGUCCCCGCACCCGCUCCGGUGCCGCGCGCUCGACCUCUGCUUCUCCGUCGCCCUCGACCGCCUUCCCACCUCCACGGAGCUCCAGCACCACGACGGCGGCGCCUUCCACGCGGCCGCGCCGCCGCUCUCCAACGCGCUCGCGGCCGCGCUCAAGCGCGCCUACGCGCACCACCGGCGCAUCGGCAGCGGCGGCGUCGAGGCCGACGACCACCGCGUCGGCGUGCCGCACCUCGUGCUCGCCAUCCUCGACGACCCGUCCGUGGCGCGCGUCAUGCGCGAGGCCUCCUUCUCCAGCACGGCCGUCAAGGCGGCCAUGCUCAGGUCCUUCUCCGAUCCGGCGGCCCCCGACUCCGGCGUGUACGUCAACGCCCGGGUGAUGCAACGGCAGGCUUCCCACCGGGAGGAGGAGGUGGCGAAAGUGGUGGAGGUGCUCAAGAGGGGCAAGAAGCGCAACCCGGUGCUCGUCGGCGACACGGUGGACGUGGACGCCGUGGUGCAAGAGGUGGUCACGCUCAUACAGAGGCAGCGCCUUCGCAACGCGCGCGUCAUCUCCUUCCCGAAAGAGUUGGGCGACUUGGUCGACAUGGACAGGGCGGAACUCAUCGCCAAGAUCAAGGAGCUCGGCGAGGUGGUGAGAUCGGCAUCGAGCAGCGCCGGCGUCGUGGUCAACCUCGGCAACCUGCAGUGGCUCGUCGAGGAAAGGUGCGCGGCUCAUCAGGCCGAGCAAGACAAGAGGAGGGACGUGGUGCUCGACUCCGCGCGAGCCGCUGUGGCCGAGAUGGCCAGGGUUCUGAAUCAGUCCGGCGAAGGCGAGCACCGCGUCUGGGUGAUCGGCACGGCGACCUGCGCCACGUACCUGAAAUGCCAGGUGUAUCACCCGGCGCUGGAGAGCGAGUGGGAUCUCCAGGCCGUGCCCAUCACGCCGAGGCCUCCGCCGCCACCGCCGCCGCUCGGGCUCUCGCCAAGUGUCGGAGCUAACAGGGGCAUCCUCAGCAGCUCGGUCGAGGUGCUGUCAACGGCGAUGACGGCCACAAUGCCACGGGCGCCGAGCCUUUGCAACGCCUGUGUCGAUGGCUACGAGCGCGAGCGCGCCGAGAUGGCUUCGGCCGAGCGCGCUCCCUGUCACGCCGAGCAGCCGAUGUCGCAGUGGUUGCAGAUCGGGACGCCGAGCAGCGCACGCCCGGUCGACCGCGCGCAGGAGAAGGCACGGGAGGCUGACGAGCUGCGACGACGGUGGCGCGACCGGUGCGCGCAGCUGCACUCGCACGGGCGGCCACCGCUGGUCACUUGCUCGGAGUGGAACGGGGCUAGUAUUCUUGGCAACGUUCAGACGCCGCCGCCGCCGGUACGGCCAUUGGUGCAGCCUAGGGGUACGGUGGACACGGAUCUUGCGCUUGGCCUGGCGGCGGCGAGGCCGGCGUGUGAGACGGACGACAAGGUGCUCGUGAGACGGCUCACGGAGGCGGUCAGAUGGCAGCCCGAGGCUGCCGCCGCUGUUGCCAGUGCGAUCGCCAAGGCCAAGUCCGGUGAAGGCAAGCGGCGGGGCGCGGGGGCCAAGGCCGACGCGUGGGUCGUCUUUGCCGGGCCGGACGUGGUCGGGAAGAGGAACAUGGCCGAGGCGCUCUCCAAGUCCGUCUUCGGCACGGGCGCCGUCACCGUGCGUCUCGGAUGCCCGCCAGCUGGCGACGACGGCGAGUCCGUCGUGUCGUGCCGUGGCCGGACGGCGCUGGAUCGCGUGGCCGAGGCGAUACGGGCGAACCCGUUCCGCGUCGUCGUGCUCGAUGGCGUCGACCACGCCGACAACGUCGUGCACGGGUCGAUCAUACGCGCGAUCGAGUCCGGCCGGCUCGCGGACUCGCACGGCCGCGACGUCGCCCUCGGCAGCAACAUCUUCGUCGUGAUGUCGCAAUGGUCCUCGCCGUCGCCGGAUCACUUGAGGAACUCUCAAGAAGCUGUGCCACUUCCAGACCUGCCAUGGAACCCGGAGCACAGGACCGGGAAGCGCAGGCCGGAGCAGGAGCUUGAAGGAGAAGAAGACCGGCGGCGCACAAGGGCACGCAAAGACUCCGCGCGCGAGCCGCUCCCCCUGGACUUGAACUUGUCCAUGUCCGAUGACCAUAUCAACGCCAUAGAUGACAGCGGCGGUGAGGGAUCACGGAACUCGUCCAGUGACCUCACCGUGGAGCACGAUCAGGACUACGGCCAUCCCGCUCCGGCCAGGUGCCCGGCGCCAUCGAAUGUGUCCGAGCUCAUCAAAGCCGUGGACGGAGUGGUCGUGUUCAAGCCGGUCAACUUGGAGCCUCUGAAGCGGAGCUUCUCCGACUUGGUGCCGGCGAAGUCGGGAGACAUCACGGGCGGCGGGUGGCCAUCCGUUCACAUCGAUGACGGCUUGCUGGCCAGGCUAGCCUCCGCCGGUGCGGUGCGGACGACGGCCACGCCCCUGGAUGCGUGGGCGGGCGAGGUGCUGUGCCCUAGCCUACGGCAGUUCAAGCGAAGCUUGAGCACCAACGACGUCGACGGAGCGACGGUGGAAGGCAGCGGCGGCCGGAGGAAGGGCGGCGAGGUGUUCCCUAUGCCGGUGGCGGUCGACGGCAACUGAAGCGCAUAGCCCAACCCUGACGUCUUUCUUCUUUCUUCGCUGGUCAUCAAAAUAUGAUCAAGCAUGAACGGUGUACAUUGGUACAUUCAUGUAAAGUUUCAGCAAUCACUUUUUGUUUCGGUGGAGAACUAGCAAUCAUUAUUAAGUUGGAGACGGGAUCUAGAAGCUAGCUAGAGUAGCUCAUGUUUCUCAUUUUGCUUCUAUUAUUUCACCGAGGACAUGGAUUCACUUCGAACCAUAUAUGAUCGAUUCACAUCCGCUGAACAA